AUGACGGAUUUAGAUUUCGAAGAUGGUCCAGAUCUAUUUGCUGAGCCAGCUGAUUAUUAUCCUCCAUCGCCGAAACCAACUACAGAAACCCAUACACUUCUUUCCGCCCAUACACUUACUCUACAUCUCGUCGGCCAUAAUCAACUCUGGGGACAUCACCUUUGGAACGCCGGUCGCAUAAUAUCGAAUUAUUUGGAAAAGAACCCGUCUUUAAUAUCUUCGAAAACCAUCUUGGAGCUUGGUGCAGGCGCUGGUCUUCCAAGUCUCACUUGUGCUUCUCUACGUGCCAAGAGUGUCGUCGUCACAGAUUAUCCAGAUGUGGAGCUCAUUGAUAACCUCAAAAAGAACAUUUCGGUUUUCUAUGAGCAGUUUCCCGAGCUGAAGGUAGAUGAUGGGGAAACCUUGGUAGCUGAAGGUUACUGUUGGGGUGCCGAUCCAUCUCCAUUGCUCUCACUCUUGCCCUUAGAAGAUAAAGAAGCUGGGUUUGAUGUGCUAAUCCUCGCGGAUCUCCUCUUCAAUCAUUCCGAGCACGCGAAAUUAUUGGACUCGAUGAAGAAAACUCUUAAGAAGGGCAAGGACUCUACGGCGUUGAUAUUCUUCACCCCGUAUCGACCUUGGCUAUUGGAGAAAGAUAUGGCAUUCUUUGAUUUGGUACGGGAGGGAGGAAUGACUGUAGAAAAGGUCUUGGAGGAGAAAAUGGAGAAAGUGAUGUUUGACAAGGAUAGGGGAGAUGAAGAACUGAGGAGGACAGUCUUUGGUUUCGUUAUCAAAUGGGCCGAGGAAGAUAGUAGUUGA